AUGAAUAUAAUCGAAUCCAAUAAAGAAAAAGAGAGAAUAAGUCUCCAUAGCCAUAUUAGCGGCUUGGGUUUAGAUGAGGACGGAUUUGUGCAUGAUGCUGAUUUAGACGAACCUCAAAAGAUAUAUAAAAAAAGUGAGCAAAAUGGCAAGCUUACAAAUGGUGAAAAUAUACAUGAUAAUCAAUACAAUGAAAUAUGCAACAUGAAUGGAGAUAAUAAUAUUGAUGCAUCAAGUAAUGAAGGUGAAGAAGGUAAAGAUAAAAUAAAAAGCUUAUAUAAUUGCAAAGGUAUGGUUGGUCAAAAAAAAGCUAGAGAAGCAGCAGGAAUAUUUAUAAACUUAAUAAAAGAGAAAAACAUUUGUAAAUGCUUAUUAUUGGCUGGCCCUAGUGGAAGUGGGAAAACAGCUAUUGCUAUUGCAAUAAGUAAAGAAAUUAGCGAAGAGUCUAUUCCUUUUUGUAUAUUUAAUGCAUCUCAAGUAUAUUCUUGUGAGGUUAAAAAAACUGAAAUUUUAACACAAUAUAUAAGAAAAAGUAUUGGCGUAAAAAUCAAAGAAAUCAAAGAAGUAUUUGAAGGAGAAGUUAUAAAAUUAGAACCAUUUUAUGAUGAUACAUAUGACGAAAAGAAAAUAUCUUAUGUACAUAUUACUUUGAAAACAUUAAAAGAACAAAAAAAAAUAAAAAUACAUUCUUCUAUAUAUGAAAAUAUAUUAAAAGAAAAAAUACAAGAAAAAGAUGUUAUAUAUAUAGAAUCACAUAGUGGAUUGGUUAAAAGAGUAGGUAGAUGUAGUUUAUAUCAAGAUAUGUUUGAUAUAGAAACAGAUACAUUUGUUGACUUACCUAAGGGAAAUGUUCAUAAAAAAAAAAAUAUCAUACAAAAUGUUACAUUAUACGACUUAGAUAUAUCUAAUGUCCAACCCAAAGAUAAUAUACUUAACUUUUUUCAAAACGCUAAAUGUAAAAAAACAGAAAUAACAGAUAAAUUACGAAAUGAAAUAAAUAAAAUUGUUUAUAAAUAUGUAGACCAAGGAAUUGCUCAAAUUGUUCCUGGUGUCUUAUUUAUUGAUGAGGUGCAUAUGUUAGAUAUCGAGUGUUUCACGUAUUUAAACCGAACCCUAGAAUCAAAUUUAGCGCCCAUUGUUAUUUUAGCAACAAAUCGAGGAAUUUGCAAUAUAAAAGGUACAAAUAUAAUAUCUGCGCAUGGAAUACCUGUUGAUUUACUCGAUAGAAUAAUUAUCGUAAAGACGAUGUUAUAUAAUAAAGAAGAGAUAUUGCAGGUUUUAAAAUUAAGAUGUAAAUUUGAAAAUAUAAAAAUUGAAAAUGAAGCCUUAAAUUAUUUAGCCGACAUAGGCAUGAGUUGUUCUCUGAGAUAUGCUAUACAACUUUUAACACCAGCAAAAAUUUUAUCUAAAAGAAAGGGGAAGAAAAUGAUAAGUAAAUCCAUUAUAGAAAUCGUUUCUUCCAUUUUUUUCGACACAAAAAGAUCAACGCAACUUUUGUUAAGUGAAAAAAACAAAUAUUUGUAUUAA